AUGGCGGGUAGCUGCUCCUCCGCCGCGGAUGACUCGUUCGGACCCGUCGUCGCGUGUCCAGCAACAUUUGACUUCACUCUGCUCUUCGAGCAAAGUAUCCUCUCCAUUGGCCCAUCCGCUAUAUUUCUCCUCCUGGUUCCGUGGCGAAUCUGGUCGCUCUACCCAGAGAAUGUCAAAACCGUUGCAAACAGCGCCCAUUGGCAGAAACUGGCCGUCGCAGUUUGCCUUGUCGCUCUACAGAUCGCCUCAGUGGUCGAAUGGGCGCGCCAUGACCUAGUCCGGACUGCCAUUCCUGCUGUCGCCUUGUCGCUGGUGGAUGCUCUCUCGAUAGCUAUCCUAUCGACUGUCGAGCACGAUCGCUCAGUACGCCCAUCGUCGCUAUUGAGCAUAUAUCUCCUCUUGUCAACCCUCUUCGACACUGUGCAAGUGCGCACAUUGUUUAUCCGACAUUACCCAUCUACUUUGGGGGCCCUUUCUGCAGCAACUGUUGCACUGAAGCUCCUUCUACUGGCUCUGGAAACCCGAAAUAAACGCAGCUAUCUGAAAGAACCACUUCGUGCCAUACCACCCGAGUCUACCAGUGGAGUAAUUGCUCGCACUGUUUUCUGGUGGCUGAACCGUCUAUUUGUUAGCGGUUUCCGGAAGCUGUUGACACUCGAGGAUCUAUUUCCGACGGACAAAGACCUGAGCUCGGGAGGCCUGAGGCGAAAGAUCGGAAGGGCCUGGAAAAAGUAUCAGUCCAGCCAAACACGUAGCCUAAUUUUUGCGACCUUCAUCAGUCUGCGUUGGGCAGUACUUCGUACUAUUUUCCCAAGGCUCUGCCUCAUCGGAUUCAGCUAUGCUCAGACAUUCUUCAUCCAGCGUGCCAUGGAACAUCUACAUAUGCCAGAUACGCAGCUAACCAGAAACGAGGGUUACGGAUUGAUUGGGGCCGCGGCGCUCAUUUAUGGCGGGAUUGCAAUAUCAACGGUGCAUUACAAACAUCAAUUAUUUCGUAUGAUCACGAUGUUCCGCGGCGCAACUGUUGCCUUGAUCUAUGACCACACUAUGAUUCUUCCAGAUGGAACCCGCGAUGAAACGGCUGCGGUUACGCUAAUGAGUACUGACAUCGACAUGAUCGCGCGGUCUCUGGAGCAGGCGAGCGAGCUGUGGGCCCGCGUGGUGGAGAUCGCUAUCGGUAUCUGGCUGCUAGAGCGGCAACUCGCUGCUGUUUGUGUAGCCCCAAUUCUGGUGAUUCUGGUGUGCACAUCAAUCCAAAUGUAUAUGGCUACGUUUAUGCCUGCCAGGCAGAAAGUCUGGGUUGGUGCAAUCCAACGGAGAGUCAGCAUAAUCUCCACGGCGCUAAAAUCGAUGAAGAGUGUCAAGAUGCUCGGUCUAUCUGAAGUGCUGGCCAACUCUCUUCAGAAGCAACGAGAGCGUGAACUAGACUUAUCCAGGGACUUUCGAUGGCUGAUCGUGUGGCUGAACGUGGUUGCGAGUUUGCCUCAGAUGUGUGCCUCUCUCGUCACGUUUGCGGCUUUCGUUAUUCGCGCAAAAAUUGAUCAUUCGGAGACACUGUCGACCGUACAAGCGUUUACAUCCCUUGCAAUCAUUAGCCUUAUCACGAGCCCUGCGCUACAGUUACUGGCAUCCAUCCCGGCGAUAACUGCCGCUUUGGGUGCUUUCGAUCGCAUUCACAAAUUCCUCACUUCACCCAUGGAUUACUCACCAACUGAGGAGGAUCAUGGCACUGAUCCAGAUACCUUUACUGGAAAUGGAUCGGCGGUAGAAUUAAAAGUAUUGGCGCCGAAGGCGUCCGACCAUGUUGCUCUUACCAUGACGGAUGCAUAUAUCCGUCCAGCCACGGGGUCCGCGUUUUCUCUUGAGGGCAUCGAUCUAGCCAUCAAGACGGGUACAGUAACAAUGAUUACUGGCCCGGUCGGAUCUGGGAAGUCGACUCUGUUAAAAGCGGCCGUAGGGGAGAUACCAUGUGAACAAGGAACUGUUACACGAACGCGGCCAGACGCGGCUUACUGCAGUCAAGUUCCCUGGCUCCAGAACACCUCUAUCCGCAACAACAUCUGUGGAUAUUCUGAGAUAGAUUAUACCUGGUAUAAUGAGGUACUGAGGACAUGUGCAUUACAAGAGGACAUCUCUCGAAUGCCGGGGGGUGAUCAGUCCGUGGUCGGUAGCGGGGCUCUCAAGCUAAGUGGGGGACAGAAGCAGCGUCUGGCACUGGCUCGGGCUAUCUACUCUAGAAAAGUACUUCUCGUGCUGGACGAUGCGUUAAGUGCCGUUGACAACAAGACCGCACGGUAUGUCGCAGAGGCUUUAUUUGGCGAUAACGGAGUAUGCAGGCGAAUAGGUAUGGCUGUAAUGAUGGCAACUCAUUUGGAUCAGCAUCUCCGCUUCGCAGAUAACAUUGUCAUAUUAGAUUCUAAUGGGCAGAUCGAAAAGCAAGGCCCCAUGCGGAGCUUAGGCUUCGCCUCGCAUGCAUAUCCUGACACUACGGACGCUAUUCCAGAGACCCCAACUGCCCUCACUAACAGCGGAGAGGAUUCAUCCACAAAGAAAGUUGAAACCCUUACUGUCGAUGACAUAGCCGAUAUAUCCCGUCGUAUGGGGGAUACUGCAGUCUACACCUAUUACCUGAAGGCUAUCGGAUGGCGCCACACGCUGGUUGCCUGCACAAUUAUUAUUGUGCACACAUUCUCCUCUGUAUUCCCUCAGAUAUGGUUGGAGUUAUUUACGGAUGACCAUGGAAAUAAGGCCGCCCAGUUCAUUGGUGUCUACGUCCUACUUGCCGUAGCUGCGUCAGGAUCACAAGGGCUAAUGAUAUGGCAAAUCAUGAUCAAGAUUGUCAUCACGUCAGGAUUGGGACUACACAAAAUCCUUGUGCAAACCGUAAUAAAUGCACCGAUGCAUUUCUUCGCCGAGGUUGAUUCUGGUGUCAUCCUCAACAGGUUCAGCCAGGACAUGACCCUUGUCGACGCUGUACUGCCCACAAUGGCUUUUGGCACAGUCCUGAGUAUUGCACAGUGCUUCGCUCAAGUUGCCUUGAUUUCGCUGGGCUCUAGCUAUAUGGCACUGACAAUCAUCCCAUGCUUACUGGUAUUAUACUGCGCGCAGAAAGUCUAUUUGCGGACCUCCAGACAGCUCCGGUUCCUCGAUCUGGAAGCCAAAAGCCCAUUGUAUACAAUGUUCGUAGAGACUCUUGACGGAAUUUCUACAAUUCGCGGCCUUGGAUGGCAACGAUCAUUUGUAGCAGAGUGCUUGCGCCGGCUUGACGCUUCUCAAAAACCAUACUACCUUCUAUAUUGUAUCCAGCGAUGGCUCAAUGUUGUUCUCGAUCUUCUUGUUGCUUGCUUGGCUGUCAUACUAAUUGCCCUGGCAACAUCUCUACGGAGCUCGACCGAUCCGGGGAAGCUGGGAGUCUCCUUGACUGCAAUCAUGGCGUUCAGCCAGACCCUUCAGGAAGUUGUGACUAGCUGGACUGGCCUGGAAACAUCCCUUGGCGCAAUAGCACGGACAAGAUCUUUUGAGAUGAAAACACCCGCUGAGCAUCAACCCCCGAAACCAGUGAUCCCUUCAUCGACUUGGCCAGUUGACGGAAAGAUUGAGAUCACCUCUCUUUCUGCCUCAUAUGAUGGCGUCACGCGUGCGUUAGACGAUGUAAAUUUGACCAUACAUCCUGGAGAGAAAGUGGUUGUAUGUGGACGGACUGGCAGCGGGAAGAGCACACUGGUCUCGGCCCUUCUCCGGCUCCUUGAAUCCCAAAGCGGCACGAUUACAAUUGACUGGAUAGACAUCUCCACCAUUCCACUAGAUGUGCUUCGAACCCAUAUCAUCGCUAUUCCCCAGGACACUUUCCUACUUCCUGGAUCUAUCCGCUUCAACCUGGACCCGACUAGUCGCUCUACAGACACGAUUUUGAUCUCAGCAUUAGAGAAGACUAACCUGCUUUCUCUGACCACAUCUCGUGGUGGACUGGAUGCGGAAUUGACAUCGACCUCCUUAUCCCAAGGCGAGCAAAGACUGUUUGCAUUAGCAGUCGCCCUGGUGCGGAAAUGGAAUCGCGACUAUGAUGGUUGCAAUUGUGGCGGCAUAUUGAUUCUCGACGAAGCAACAAGUGGGACGGAUGCUGUCACUGACGCGCUGAUGCAGAAGGUUAUCGACGAUGUGUUUGGUCGAUAUACGGUUCUCCAUGUAUCGCACCGGCCUGAUAUGGUGAAGGAUGCAGACCGGGUAAUUGAGAUGGAAAAUGGUCGUGUAGUGAGGGGCUAG